AUGCCUGAUAAAUCUAAUCGUAAACGUCAUCGUAGUGAUCGUACUUCGUCUCCAAGCGAAAGAUCUUCGUCAAAAGACCCCGAAAACCGAGGUCAUCGACAAGAUCAACACAAGCGAAGGCGGGAAAAUAACAUUGACCCUGGCGUCAACGAGGACACUUUGACCAAAAUUCUCGCAGGUGUCAAUGAUAUGAAGCAACAGUUUGUGGCCUGGACCACUCGUGUAACUGCCAUUGAGGCAAAAUUGAACGAAAACUCUGGUGCAACGUCCCAGUAUUCUGGCGAAUUCGACGACGAUCAACUAUCAAUUCACCCGUCAGACUCGCCGAAGGAAUUCGACAAUAUAAAUAUUGUUGUCAACAAUCCCGCCAUUGAGGCUCCUUUAGCUGGCUCUUUGCCACCUUUAGACGGCGUUGAGCCGACAAAUAUAAACGAAAUCACUAACCCGAACGUUGUCGUUUCUGAGGAAGGAACUUCAUGCGAGUUCUUUGACCCUGAGAGUACAUCUCAGCGACGAUGGUCUCCUUCAGACCCCUUUGGCAAAUUUCUUGAGAAAAACAUGCGUAGACGCCUAACUUUAGAACAAGUUAACGAAAUAAUCGGAGAAAGUUCUCUCCCCGAAACUGAAGCAUGUGUUGCUCCUUUACUGGACAAACAGAUUCUGAAUUAUAUUCCCUCCAGCCGCAAAAAAUUCGUUGAACAACGAGACAAAGAUUUGGCGCUUAUUCAACGCGCAUUACUAAACUCGGCAGGUCCUCUUUGUUGUCUACAUGACCGCCUCGAAAAUCAGGACAAGAUUUCUAAUGAGGAACUGUUAAACACCCUUCAACAAUCACUGUGUUUGUUGGGUUCAGCUAACCACAUAGUGACAACUAAUCGCCGGAAGAAAAUUUUGGGAGCGAUUAAUCCUGAUAAAGCACAACUAGCUGAUCGUGACUUUCCUAAUGCGGGAAAAAUGCUUUUUGGGGAAGAUUUGCCCUCCCUAGCAGCCAAGCAUUCCGAAUUAUCUCGGAGCCUUGCUAAAAACUUGCAAAAGCAACCUUACAGUGCAAAACCUCACAGUUCAGGAGGCAGUCCUGCGGCGUUUGUCCGCCCAGCAAACAAGUAUAACUAUUCAGAACCUAACCAGGUCAGGUCAGCGAGGUCAGGUCAGCGAGGAUCAUUUUCCACUAAUACUAGACCUUCGAAUUUUCGCGGCAAGCGGGACCAGACAAACCGCAGCUGGCCCCGCCAAUAA